AACAACAGAACAAUCAACAACAACAACAAAUGACUGUCAAUCAAAAUCAAAAUCAUCAACGACAACGAUCAUCACCAAUAAUAAUUCAUUCGAACAAAAAAAUUCAUUCAUUAAUCAAACAAUUCGAUUGCAAUUUGAAUGCUUCGGCUAAGGAGACAACAACAUUAUCGAUGACGACUACGACGACGGAAACAUCUUCGCCAUUAAUACAAUCAUUGACCAAGCCUAGUUUAAAGCAUAUGUUUUUGUCACAUAACAAUGAUAAUGAUAAUCGACAAAAAAUGAAUGGCAAUCAACGACAUUCAACGGAGGAUUUUCUACCAGAAGGUAAUGUUGAUGACGAUGAUGAUGAUGAUGAUUUGCAUCAAGAGAAUGAUGGUGAUGAAUUAGAUCACGAAGAAGACGAAGAUGAAGAUGAUGAUGAUAUUGAAGGCGAAGAAAUUGCCUAUGAAAUUGAUGCUGAUGAUGAACAAAGUAAUGAUAUGCUUGAUGAUAAUACCGAUUAUGAUGAUAGAGAUGAUGAAGAUGAUGGUCCAAAAUCAACUAGUCCUGGACCAGUUGCACCAAGAUCAAGUGUGACGAAAAUUGAUCCAUCAACAAAAUCAAUGAUUAAAGUUGUUUCAAUAAUGAAAAAUCAUUCAAAUUCGAAUCAUCAGAAUCAAUCACCAAAAACAAUAACAUCAUUUAUAAAUGAAAAAAUGAAAGAAUUACCACCAUCAUCAACAACAACACAACAACAAGAAUCCGAAGAUUCAGCUGCUGAUGUUAGUUAUGAACGUACUACAAGUGAUUUAGCUGAAUCUGAUUUAGAAGAUACAACAACACUUACUACUGUGGAUACUAUGAAUGCUAUUACUAAUCUACAAGAUAAUAUUAAAGAAUUAUCAUAUGAUCAAAGAUUUAAAAUGACACAAACAAUUUGGUAUUUACCACAUAUAAAUCGUGCAACUGUUGUACAUUAUCUUCAACGUAAAGCUGUCGGUGUUUUUAUUGUUCGACAAUCAAGUAAACCAAAUACAAUGGCUGUAUCGGUACGAUUACCACAAGGACGUGGUCCACAUGUUGAACAUUAUUUGAUUGAAAAAAUUUUCAAACAACAACCAGUUCAAUCAAAUCAACAAUCAAAAUCAACAACAUCAGUUUUUCGCCUGGAAGGAUCUGAACAUUAUUUUUCAACAAUAUUACAACUAGUUUUACAUUAUUCAAAAUGUCAAGAUGAAUUACCCGUACAAUUAACAUUACCAUCAGUUUUAUUAAAUUCUAAUCGUAGUCAUUUAACAUCAUUAGCAUUAUUAGGACAAGAAUUUUGGCAAUCAAAAUUUGUUUCCCUAAAACAAUUACCAAAAAAUUCACUGAAUAAUGAAACAUUGGCAAUGAUUAAUCAGAAUCAACAGAAAUCAGAAGAAUCACAACAAAAACAACAACAGCCAACAACAAAACAAUAUAAUCGACAACAAGCACGACGUAAUAAUUCAAAUUCAAGUGAAUCAAAUCAAUCAAAUAAAUCAUCAUCAAUGUCAAUGUCACCAAGACCACCAUCAUUUGAUGUUCGUUCACGUCGAAAUACAUCUACAGAUUCAGCAUCACCACCAACAACAACAACAAAUAAUAGUCAAAAUAUCAUUACAUUAUCAACACCACCACCUUUACCUCCAAAAAAUCCAUCAAUGAUUUGUGAUCCACAAAAUGUUGUAGCAAAAAUAAUUACCGAAAAUGAUUCUAAUCAUCAUCCGAUAUUAUCAUCAUCAUCACCAACAAUAGCAACUACAUUGGUUGAAGUACAUAAUAAUCAACAACAACAAAUAUCAUCUAGAUUACCACCAUCAUCAUCAAAUCGAUUGCCAAACGCAUAUGUGCCUCCACCAAUACCACCUCGUAAUAAUCGUAAUUCACCAAAUGGUUCAACACCACCACCACCACCACCACAAAAGCCACCAUUGCCUUCUAAUGGUCCACCAUUAUCGAGUCUUCGAUCGAAAAAACCACAUUCAAAUCAACAACAACAACAGCAAAAAGUUUCUACAUUAAACGAAUUGCUUAGCCCUAUGUCAAUGACAGAAUCGGAAAUUGAAAUGGCAAAAUUUUCAUUACAACGUAAAAUUGCACCAAAUAUUCUGGAAGUUGAUGAAUAUGAUGAUGAUGAUAUUUCCAAUGAAAAAUCAUUAAUAAAUCGAAAUUAUUAUAAUCAAAUGAUUAAUCAGGCCACAUCAUCACCGAUCAUUAUUGAAGAUGAUGAAAUUAAAAAUCAAAAAACACCAUCGCCUGCACCGGCACAUGCAAUUGCAUCGUUUCCAUCUCAUCAUUCCGAACAACUAUUACAUUCAUUACCGUGUGAUGUUCAACAAUCAGUUAAAUGUGAUGUUUGUACACAAACUUAUGAUACGAAUAAAAAUUUACAACAGCCACAACAAAAUGGUCGAAUAACACGUGCCAAUUCAUCGUUAUCAUGUUUUUAUAUGGAUCCAAUUGAUGCUUUAGUUGCUAUUAAUCAACAACAACAACAACCAAAACGUCAUUCAGAUCCAGAAUUAGCAAGUAAAAAUAGUCAAAAUACAAUGGAUACAUUGGAAACAAAUCAUCAACAACAACAAUCAACAUUUACAAUGAGUCAUUCAUUAGAAAGUUUAUUGGAAAAUUUUCGUCAUCGUUUUGCAACAGCAGCUAGUGGUUCAGAAUUAUAUUCAAUUCGUGAAACUAUUCUAAACGAACGACGAAAUCAAUUUAUUCAACAACAGCAACAACAACAACAAACGAAUGUUCCAAAACAUGAUACUGGAUUUUCAACUGUUGAUAGUGCUUGGCAAUGGCAUUCUGUUGUUGGUCAAAAUGAUCAUAAUGGUGGUAUCAUCAAUCGAUCAGCAGCAGCUCAAUUGGAACAUUUAAAACGUUCAAGUAUAACGACAAAUGGUUCAAUGAAAAGUGAUAUAACAACUGUCGAAGAUUUGAUUAGUGCUAAAGCACCGGAAUUAGCCGUACCGAAAAUAACACAUAUUGAUUCAAUCAAUAUGAUUCAUAAACAACUUGUACAACAAGAUCAACAAUGCUGUAAUAAUAAUGAUCGUGAACGUAAACUAACAGCAAAAUCCAUUGCAACCGAUGUUUGUACUGAAUUUUCCGAACCAUGGAAUAGAGAUAUUGUUGAAUCACUUUUUAUUUCAGAACUUCAUCAAGGUGAUAUACAUCAACAAUCAAAUCAUCAAAUUGAUGAUUAUGAUGAUGAUAAUAAUUCAACAAGACAAUUGCUCAAUAAUGAUCUCAUUAAUUUUAAUUCCUUCCUAUUAAAUCAAGAACAACAUCUACAUGGUGGUGUUGGUUUAUUAUCACAAACAAAUGAAGAUGAUUAUGAUAGUGUUGCUGAAGAUGAAAUCAUUGAUGAUUCAUUAACUACAAAUAAUCAUCAAGGUCAGUUUUUUAAACGUGAUGAUAGCCAAAUUACAUUAAAAGAUAAAAAUCAACAUUCAUCAACAACGGAUGAUGGUAUUAAAUUAAACAUUGCCUUCAAUAUAAGUAAUUAUGUUUUUGAAUUGGCAUCACGUAAAGAUAAUACAUUUGCUAAAUCGAUUGAUAAUUUUAUUGAAUGUACUAAAGAAACGACUGAUCCAAAUCCUAGCGUAAUCCUUGGCUACGUAAGACAAUUUAUGAAUGGAAUGAAAAAUUAUCUUAUCAAACAUGGUGAAGGUGAUUUUAUUAACGUUGUCCAGAAUGAACGAAGUCGUUUGAAACCAAAUCAAUUUCUGAAUAUUGAUUCAAUACUAGAAGUUUCAUUACAAAAAUUGAUUAUAAAACCAUUGAAAAAUUUCCUUUAUGAACUAUUUAUUCGUUCACACACAAUGUCUGGUUCAUUGAAAAUUUUAUCAACAAAUAUUAAAUUGGCACAGAAUAAAUCGCCAGAAGAAUUAGGUAUACGACCAGAAUUAUUACCAAUUGAACCAAGAAUUAUGGCUGAAAUACAGAAAAAUCUACGACGAUUACAACAAUCUUAUUCACCGAUCAAAAAAUUGGAACAUUUAUUAAAAUGUAUUGCUAUUUUGAAUGGAAAUUUUAAGGAAAAAUUAUCAAAAUUCGAUGGUGAUAAUAAUAAACAACAAAAAACUAAACAAUCCAAAUCAAAUCGAGCUUUUAAUGGUGAUGAUUUAUUACCAAUGUUAGUCUAUCUGAUUGUUCAUUGUGGUGUUAUUUCGGCUGAAAUUGAAUCCGAAUAUAUGCUUGGAUUAUUACAUCCAUCAAUUCUAAAUGGUGAAGGUAGUUAUUACCUGACUGUUUUAUCCAGUGCUAUACAAGUAUUGAAAACAAUGUAUACAGCUGAUAAUGCAAGAUCAUUGGAAGAUAUUAUCACUUUGAAUGGUAAUAAUACGAAUGGACAAUCAUCAUUGUUUUCAAUGUUACGAUCACAACCAUCGGAAAAUCUUCAACGUCAAAUGAAUUCAUCAAAUAAGAUAAUGAAUGGAAAAUCAUUGGCCACUACUAUUGUUACAUCGAAUCCAUUAGCAUUACCAUCAAUAGCUAAUAUGCAAGCAUAUAUGAAAAUUAUGAUACCAAACGAGCUUACAUCGAUUAUUACUUGUAAAACAGUUCCAGUACGACAUAAUAUGACAACCAAAGAAGUUUGUCGUAUGAUUGCACAUACAUUUCGUAUUACAAACCCGGAAGAUUAUUCAUUAUAUCGUAUCAAAGAAAAUGGUUUAGAAGAAAUACAAUUAUUAGAUAAUGAAUAUCCACAAGUAAUCAAAUCAGAAUUAAUGGCAAGAAAUGAAUCAACAAUGUUUGCCUACAAACGUUGUGAUGCUAAAUUUAUUUGGCCAAUUACUAGCCCAAAUUAAAAAAAUAUUUAUAUUUGUAUUUUGUAAUUUGUUUCUCUUAUAUCUUUUUAAAAAAUUCUCAUUAUUUUUUACUCAUUUUAACCACUUGUAACUCAUCAUCA